AUGGCAAAAUUCGCAGCCAUUGGUCGUAUCGACAUCUUCGACAACAAUGUCGAAACCUGGAACUCGUACAGUGAGCGCCUUGACCAGUAUUUUGUGUGCAAUGAUGUCAAGGAGGAAAAGAAAGUUCCCGCAUUGCUAAGCCUCAUAGGGGGUAAGACUUACCAGUUAUUGAGAGGUUUGACAGCACCGACUAAACCGGCAGACGUGGAAUAUGCCGCACUCGUGAAAAUCCUUGGUGAUCACUUGAACCCCCCUCCUGUAGUAAUCUCCGAGAGAUUUCGGUUUUACAAAAGGGACCAGCGGGAAGGUGAGUCUAUUAGAGACUAUAUAGCGGAUCUUAGAAGAUUGUCAGAACAUUGUGCAUUUAAAGACAGUCUGAACGAAUCGCUGCGUGACAGAUUAGUUUGUGGCCUUCGGAGCGAGGCAAUUCAGAAUAAACUGUUAGCAGAAAAAGACUUGACAUUAGAGAAGGCGACGCAGAUAGCACAGGCUAUGGAGACCGCAUUCAAGGAUGCAACCGAGCUGCAGUCCAAACACGUUGGAAUGGUAAACAAGCUAGGGGUGAGACAGAAAAAGGGAUAUCACUCUGCUGGAACUGGAGUAAGGUCGCCACAACCCAACAUGCCUAAGGUGAAACGAGGUACGAAUUCAAAGAAAUGUUUCCGUUGUAACAGUACAGCUCAUGAUCAAAGUCAGUGUUAUUACAAAGAUAAACAGUGCUAUAAUUGUUCAAAAAUUGGACAUUGUAAAAAGGCAUGUAGGAAAACAAAGGAGGUACACAAUGUGGACUGGAGUGAGAAUCUCAUUGGAUCAUUAGAUGUGAAUUCAGUUGAAAAGACUCAUUCUGGAGCAAUCGUAGUCAACACAAACAUUGACGGUGUAGAUGUUGAUAUGGAACUCGACACGGGCGCAGCAGUCUCCGUGAUGUCAAAGAAAAAGUUCUGUGAGUAUUUUCCAGGAAGGAUUAAGAACUUACCUGAAUCAAAUAUGUGUUUAAAGACAUAUACUGGUGAAAUCUUGAAGCCUUGUGGAGUGGCACGUGUAAAUGUGAGUCACAACAACCAGAAAAAGGAUCUAGACUUGUACGUGAUGCAGAAGGCAGGACCAACGCUCUUCGGAAGAGAGUGGCUUCAGCAGAUUUCACUCGAUUGGCCGUCCAUCAAGUCCAUGUCGUGUGUGACAGACAAGAUUUCAGACACUUGUUCUGAUAAUGUGAAAGCGGACUUAAAACACAUGUUGGAAAAACAUCGUUCAGUUUUCCAGAGUGACAUAGGUACGGUUAAGGGUAUUGAAGCUACACUCAACUUAAAGCCGGACGCUAAACCAAAGUUCUGUAAAGCCCGCUCAGUACCGUAUGCUCUCAAGCCUAAGGUCGAGGCUGAACUGGACAAACUAGUCAGAGAUGGUAUCAUAACCAAGGUGGAGUACAGCGAAUGGGCAACGCCUAUUGUCCCUGUCAUCAAGUCUGAUAAAAAUGUGCGCAUAUGUGGUGAUUUCAAGGUGACACUGAACCCUGUUCUUGAAAUCGAUCAGUAUCCGCUGCCCCGCAUUGAAGACAUUUUUGCAGCACUCGCAGGUGGUAAGCGAUUCACCAAGUUAGAUUUACGACAUGCAUAUCUACAAAUGAGAGUAAAUGAGGAGUCGCGCAACUUAUUGACAAUAAAUACAGAGAAAGGACUCUACCGCUACAACCGUUUAGUUUAUGGUGUGGCCUCAGCUCCUGCAAUCUGGCAAAGGACCAUCGACACAGUCUUACAGGGUCUCACCGGCGUCAAAUGUAUCAUUGAUGAUAUGAUAAUAACGGGCUCAUCUGAGGAAGAACACCUGAAGAAUUUGGAAGCUGUAUUAACGCGCCUGGAUGAAUACAACUUGCGUGUGAACUUGAAUAAGUGUGAAUUCUUCAGAGAACGUGUUUCUUAUUGUGGACAUGAAAUAGACUGUGAGGGUCUGCACAAAACGCAAUCCAAGAUUGAAGCAGUUGUCAGUGCGCCGAAGCCGAAGAAUGUUUCAGAGUUGCGAUCAUUUCUGGGCAUUGUUAACUAUUAUGCCAGAUUUUUGCCUAACCUUUCAAGUCUUUUGUACCCGCUACACCAGUUACUGUCAAAGAGCCGAAAGUGGUCCUGGUCUAGCGAAUGUGACAAGGCAUUUUCUGAAGUCAAACAGCUUAUUACCUCUGAUGAGAUUUUGACUCAUUACGACCCACAGCGAGAGGUGCGAUUAGCAUGUGAUGCUUCACCUUAUGGUUUAGGGUGUGUAUUAUCCCAUGUCAUGGAUGACGGAUCAGAACGACCGAUAGCAUAUGCAUCUCGAUCAUUGUCGUCAGCAGAGCGGAACUAUUCACAGAUAGAUCGUGAGGCUCUGGGGAUAGUAUGGGGUGUGAAACGUUUUCACACAUACCUCUAUGGAAGACACUUCUCUUUAUUGACGGAUCAUCGCCCUCUUGUGUCCAUCUUCAGCCCCAGCAAAGGUGUAUCAGUUACAACAGCAGCACGCAUGCAGAGAUAUGCUCUGUUUUUAUCAGGGUAUGAUUAUGACAUUAUGUACAAAAACACCAAAGCGCAUGGAAAUGCAGAUAGCUUAUCGAGGCUACCACUGUCUGACUGUGAAUCUGAUGAUGAUUAUCAAGAUAUUGACUUGAUGUACCUACCACAAUUGGAAACAUUACCAAUCACCAGUGACCGUAUUAGACAGGAAACUGGACGUGAUCCUGUCACUGUGAAGGUAUAUGGUUAUACCAUGAAUGGAUGGAGCUUUUCGGUCAAAGCAGAUGAUAAGGACUUGUAUCCCUACUUUACGCGUAAGGACGAGUUAACAAUUCACAAUGGAUGUUUGUUGUGGGGAAUGAGAGUUGUUGUUCCAACAAAGCUUAGGGAUCACAUACUUAAGGAGCUUCAUUUAGGUCACAUUGGAGUAGUGAAGAUGAAGGCAUUAGCUCGAAGUGUGGUAUGGUGGCCCGGGAUCGAUCUUGAUAUAGAGAGGAUCACGAAAGCAUGCUCAGGAUGUCAGGAGUUCAAGCGUGCACCUCCAGCAGCCCCCAUUCAUCCGUGGGAGUGGCCCACUAAACCUUGGGAACGUAUCCAUAUAGACUUCGCUGGGCCUUUUAUGAACUGGAUGUUCCUGGUAGCAGUAGAUGCACAUUCAAAAUGGCCUGAGGUCAUAAUGAUGCGCGAGACGACAUCCCACAAGACUAUUGAGGUCUUGAGAAGUAUCUUUGCUAGAAAUGGUGUUCCUACAGUGUUGGUCAGUGAUAACGGACCUCAGUUUACGUCAGACGAGUUUGGAAACUUCAUUCGUACCAAUGGAAUAAAGCAUGUGACUUCAGCUCCAUAUCAUCCUAGCUCAAAUGGAUUAGCGGAACGUUUUGUACAAUCGUUCAAGUCUGCAAUGAAGUCAAGCAAGAAGGAUGGAGGUUCUGUGGAAACGAAGUUAUCUAACUUUUUACUAGCCUAUCGCAACGCAGCACAUUCAACUACUGGAGAGUCACCUGCAAAGCUAUUCAUUGGUCGUUCAUUGCAGUCACGACUAGAUUUGAUAAAACCAGACAUUGAACAAAAUGUUAAAAACAAACAGUUUCACAUCGCAUCUAAGAGAUCAAGUUCAUUGCGUGUGUUUGAACCUGGGCACAGUGUAAUUGUUAGGGACUACCGUCACAGUUCAAAGUCGGACUGGGUACCAGGAACCGUUCAAGAGCAGACAGGACCUGUUUCUUACAGAGUGCAAGUUGGGGACAAUACUUGGAGAAGACACGUAGAUCAGAUAUAUGAUUCUUCACUAAAGAAUCAGGAAGUUGUACCCAGUGAUCUUGAGAAGUUUGUGCCACAGGUACAUGUACCAACUCCUACAGUUAGUGCUAAACAGUCUAGUCCAGAAGUCUUUCCGCAAGGUACGAAAGUCAGGCAGUCAACUCCAGAGGUCUUCAACAGGAAGAAAGCUAAUAGUCCUAUCCAGGAACAGAAAUCUCAGCCAGAAGUUAGGACCGAGCCUACCAUACUAGCCAGACAAAAUCCAAGACGAAAUGUUGGACCGCCCAAACGUUUCAUUCCAAAAUGGCAACCUGCUGUUGAGCACACGUGUUUUGACUGUGUCCGAACCCAUUGUCUAAAAAGACAUAACAAAACCCUUAAAACUAAGACCUUGGACAAGUAUCCAAUACCCGAUGCAGGUGAUCUUUUCAAAGUGAAAAAAUUAGAUUCUUUUAUCAGUCCUUUACUGGAAAAGAAAAACAAACAGUUUGAUAAAGGAGCUGACAAAGGGGCACAAAAUAUUCAGUCGAGAAUUUACAAAACUUUGGGGCCUCUUUCUAAGUUGUGGGGCAUUCUAGAAGAUCUGCGUGCUGCCUCUGGGGAGUCUCAUGAAGUUGAUAACGUUGACGUGACCCACAUGUGUUCUUUGCUAGAACAGUCUGUUUGUUUGAUUGGCCAAGCAAGUGUUGCAGUUGAUCACCAUCGCAGGUUAAAUGCGACUGUGAAAAUUACAGGAGAUUACAAGAAGGCUAAGGCCAUUUUGGAUGAAAAUUCUGAAGCUUUAGAAACAAGCGGGAGUAAACUGUUUGGUGAUAAAUUUAUAAAGAUUUUAAAAAAGACAGGGAAAAGAAGAAAAGUGGCUAGCGAGGUAGUUGAUGCUUUUCAGCCAGAGAAAAAGAAAAGAAAGAAGUCAACUUUUUACAAUCGACCUUCUACUUCCUAUACCAGUUACGGGAAUAAGCAAAGGUUCAGACAGCCCUUUCAAGAUGGGCCCUCCGCCAGAUUUUCGGAGGGCCAAAGAUACAGGUUCAACAGACCUAACCAGGGUUACAGAAAGAAGUCAGACAGAUCAUAAGAAGACUGGACAAUUAUAAAGAAAGAAAAGA